GGGCGACGGGCCGCGCGCGGAGGGCGCCGGGCGCAGCAUGGGCGGCCCGGGGGCCUGGGCGCUGCUCUGCCUCGGGCUCCUGCUCCCGGGAGGCAGCGCCGCGUGGAGCGUCGGGGGAGCCCCGUUCUCCGGACGCAGGAACUGGUGUGCCUAUAUGGUGACCCGGACCAUCUCAUGCCACGUGCAAAAUGGCACCUACCUCCAGCGAGUGCUGCAGAAUUGCCCCUGGCCCAUGAGCUGCCCAGUGAGCAGCUACAGAACGGUGGUGAGACCCUCGUACAAGGUGAUGUACAAGACGGUGACCGCACGCGAGUGGAGGUGCUGCCCCGGGCACUCGGGGGUGAACUGCGAGGAAGUUGCAGGCCUCUCUGGCAUCAUGGAGCCCGGGUGGUCGGGCAACGCCAUGCGACGGACGGCGCUUCGGCCCACAGCCUUCUCAGGUUGCCUCAACUGCAGCAAAGUGUCAGAGCUGACCGAGCGGCUGAAGGCAUUGGAGGCCAAGGUGGCGGUGCUCACUAUCACUGAGCGGGUAGUGCUUCCAACCCCAGCUGCCCCCAGGGACCCCUUCCCACUCUGGGGCUCCCCUGCUGCCCAGGGCAGCCCCGGGGAUGGAGGCCUCCGAGGGCUACCCGGAGCCAGAGAGAACAUGAGGACCCCACUGCUCCCUCGAGAUGAUCGAGUUGGUGGCCAGGGGCUUCCUGGGCCCACUGGCCCCAAGGGAGACACUGGCAGCCGAGGCCCAACGGGGAUGAGAGGCCCGCCAGGUCCUCAGGGCCCCCCAGGAAGCCCUGGCCAGGCUGGAGCUGUGGGCACCCCUGGAGAGAGGGGACCUCCAGGCCCACCAGGGCCUCCUGGCCCCCCUGGUCCCCCUGGGCCCCCAGCUCCUGUUGGACCACCCCACACCCGGAACCUCCAGUAUGGGGACCCAUUACUGUCCAACACCUUCACUGAGACCAGCAGCCACUGGCCGCAGGGACCAGCUGGACUCCCAGGCCCCCCAGGGCCCAUGGGUCCCCCUGGACUUCCUGGUCCCAUGGGCAUCCCUGGGAGUCCUGGACACAUGGGACCCCCAGGCCCCACUGGACCCAAAGGAAUCUCCGGCCACCCAGGAGAGAAGGGAGAGAAAGGACUGCGUGGGGAGGCUGGCCCCCAAGGCUCCACGGGGCAGCGGGGAGAACCUGGCCCCAAAGGAGACCCUGGAGAGAAGAGCCACUGGAACCAGAGGGCUCGGGGGCAGGCCCUGCCGGCACAGGAACCCCCAGCCUCCUGCGGGGCAAGAGGGGAGGACACGCGGCCAACUACCGGAUCGUGGCCCCCAGAAGCCGCAACGAGAGAGGCUGAGGGCAGGGGUGGCCCUAGGGGCAGACCAGGCCAGGCUUCCCUUCCCAGCCUGGACUUGGCCAACUGCCUCCAGGGACCGCCCAUCCGUAUUUAUUCAUGUCCUCAGGGUCCCUUCUGCUACCUAGGCCUUUGGGGUGGGCACAUCUUGGUCCUGACUCCCCUGACUCCCCGUGCAAGCCUGAUAGGAAGCUGAGAGGGGACAGUGGCCUGAGAGGGAGGGGCAGCCCAGGCAAGAGGUGAGGCCUGGCUCAGGGCCCUGAGCCUCUGUCUCUCUCUGUGAAGUAGGAUGACGCAGGCCUGCAGGGGAGGGGUGGCAGGUUUGAGGCUUCUGUCUUCUCAUCAGCUGCCCAGGCAUCCGGGCCUGUAGGCAUUGAAGAGAACCGGGAGCUGGGGUUCUGCUGGGCCCUUGGCACAUGGCUGAUGGGGAAGGGCUUGCCUCCCCUUCCUCCCCAGUCAAACCUCGGGGAGCCCACCGCAGCCCUCCUCUCCUUGAUUUCUGGUGCUGGGUCCCCACCCUGAGCUCAACAGGCAGGACAUUGGGGAUUUCUCACAUAGGUCCUGCCCCCUGAGCCCCCAGCCCCUCCCAUGUCUCGGAUGGGGGUGGGGGUGGGGGCAUGGAGAGGGAGGGGCCCCCUGGAGGUAGAGGUCUCCAGCCAAUAAAGGCCCCCAGUCUGAUGUCCCACUGGCCUGGUCUCAGUGUGUGCUUAGA